UCUUAACCUGCCCUCAUGGCCGAGGUGAAGGUGAAGGUGCAGCCGCCGGACGCGGAUCCGGUGGAAAUAGAAAACAGAAUUAUAGAGUUAUGCCACCAGUUCCCUCACGGAAUCACAGAUCAAGUAAUUCAAAAUGAAAUGCCUCACAUUGAAGCUCAACAGCGGGCGGUGGCCAUCAAUAGACUGUUGUCCAUGGGUCAACUGGACCUUUUAAGGAGUAAUACAGGCCUAUUAUAUAGAAUAAAGGAUUCUCAGAAUGCUGGUAAAAUGAAGGGGUCCGAUAACCAGGAAAAACUUGUCUACCAAAUCAUAGAGGAUGCAGGCAACAAAGGAAUAUGGAGCAGAGAUAUUCGAUACAAAAGUAACUUGCCAUUAACGGAAAUUAACAAAAUUCUCAAGAAUUUGGAGAGUAAAAAGCUUAUCAAAGCCGUGAAGUCUGUGGCUGCCUCCAAAAAGAAGGUUUAUAUGCUCUAUAACCUACAGCCAGACCGAUCUGUGACUGGCGGAGCCUGGUACAGUGACCAAGAUUUUGAAUCUGAAUUUGUUGAGGUGCUUAACCAGCAGUGUUUCAAAUUCCUACAAACCAAGGCAGAGACAGCGAGAGACAGCAAACAGAAUCCCAUGAUACAGAGGAACAGCUCAUUUGCCUCAUCACAUGAAGUGUGGAAGUACAUCUGUGAGCUGGGCAUCAGUAAGGUAGAGCUGUCCAUGGAGGACAUUGAAACCAUCUUGAACACACUCAUUUAUGACGGGAAAGUGGAGAUGACGAUCAUCGCUGCGAAGGAAGGCACUGUUGGCAGUGUAGAUGGACACAUGAAACUGUACAGGGCAGUCAACCCAAUCCUCCCACCUACGGGCUUGGUCCGGGCACCCUGUGGACUCUGCCCCGUUUUUGAUGACUGCCAUGAGGGUGGUGAGAUUUCACCAUCUAAUUGUAUUUACAUGACAGAGUGGCUUGAGUUUUAAUAGAGAGCUGUGAACUUGACCACAUCUGGCAAAGUGAAUUACUUAGAGAGCAAACAAUUCAUGAUGGAGCAGACUUCACAACAAUGGAUACUGACUCGCUGCUAUCAAAACAUACUUAUUUAUGAAGACAGAGAAGACAAAGAAGAUUAAG